AUGCCCUUCGAACACCUCUUACCCCUUGCAAACGCUAUCAUAAAUUCCAUAGGACCGGACACACUGUCUGAUGCCACUCUCGAGAAACUGAGAGCUCUUUUUCCUGAGAAGCUGAUCAUUGCAGCACUCGACCUUAUUGAUCGUGGAAAUGUGUUUCACUGUAUCACUUCUUGGGGACAUUCGGAAUACGAGGUCCUUGGGUCAACGGCGACGUAUUCCGUCCUCGUCGACCUCGAGCCUACCAGGAUACCCUACUCGUGCACUUGCCCGGCAUUUGCUUACUCCGUCUUGAUGGCCGGAACACAUAUCAUGUGCAAGCACGUCCUCGCCACUUUCAUAAGCCACAAAAUGAACUCGAGCAUCAAAAGACCAACGAACGUGGACGAUUUGGCUGCCAUCUUUACUCGUCAAUUCCCCAUUCCUGUUCCCAAUGCCAGGGAACCCGGUGCUAGCUAA